AUGUACCGCUACGAGAUUCCUAGACGAUUCCCCGUCGGCGAAACUAUCUCUACAGCGGAACUGGCCCGGCGCUGUAACGCCAACGAGGGAGCCCUUACUCGCCUAGUCCAGCACGCCGUGAGCAAGCGAUUUUUGGCCCAGCCUGGAGCAGGCGUUGUUUCUCACACGGCCUUCUCCGCAAUGAUGGCGGCACAGCCGGCCAUAUCAGACUUCGUUGGCUACGUCUGUGAGGAUCUCCGGCCGGCCGCGGCGUCUAUUCCAGACGCUCUGGCCAAAUGGCCAGCCCGGUCUCGUCGCUUCGCAUCUUCCAUGAGCCUCGUGCAACGUAUGCCAGGUUGGCAGCCGGCAGCCGCCCUCGAGGUGUUUGAUUGGGGAGCUCUGAGCCCUGAUGACGUUGUCGUCGAUGUCGGCGGUGGAGACGGUAGUUUUGCGGUAGCACUCGCAGAACGGUUCCCAGGACUGACACAAAUCAUCGUCCAAGACGUCCCCGACGUGAUUGAGCAGUCACGGGCGGCGGUUCCCGAGCCGUUGCGUGCCAUCGUCAAGCCGCUGGUUGCCGACUUCUUCGAGCCACAGACUGUGAAGGGCGCAGCGGUUUAUUUCUUGCGCAAGGUGCUUCACAACUGGCCUGACGAGUUUGCCAUCAGGAUUCUGCAGCAAUUAGCUCCGGCUCUGAAGCCCGGGGCACGUAUACUUAUCAAUGGCCAUUGCGUGCCUCCGCCAGGCAUUCUAUCGGCGAACGAGGAAUGGCGUGUCAGGGGCCAGGACCUCGCUAUGAUGGCACUGUUCAACAGCAAAGAGCGCACUAGGGAGCAGUGGACAGACCUGAUCAGGAGGGCUGACCAACGUUUCGUCAUUGAAUCUGUGACACCUAUGCCUCCGGGGCCACUUGCGUUGAUAGUAGUGGUCUGGGAAUAG